AUGCAGCCGAAGAUAGCGACAGGGGAAGACGAAAACAAGGUAAAGUCCGAGCUUGAAGAGCUGGUGAGCAGCGGAUGGCAGCUCGACAAGAAUGAAGUACAAGUAGCGAAGACAUAUCAUUUGGCUAGUUAUCGCAAUGUGAAAUUCUUAUCACUCGAGAUCAUGUCGCGAAGUCAACUUAAGAACCAUCAUCCGGUGCUGACCACUACCGUAUCCUCAGUCACAGUACAUUGGACGACCCAUAAUCCUCCCGGCCUCACUGAGAAGGAUACACUCAUGGCUAAAUACUGUGAUAAUGUGGCGGAGAUAAUAGGCACGGUGGAUCCGGAAGAGUCAAAGAAAUGCGGCUCUGCGCAGUCGCAAAUUUGA